CUCGAGGGCCGAACCAGUAGUUGGAGAUCUUGAAUGGUCGCCGACGAGUGCGAUCUGCCCGACGUGCGCGCGCUCGACGCGACGGCCGACAAGUGUCUGGCCGCCGGCGACCCGGCGCAGGCCAUGCUCUGCUGGGAACGGUCGCUCUUCCUGCGCCAGCACUAUCUCGGCUACGAGAGUCCCGAGGUGUGGGCGCUGGCGAAGCGCAUGUGCUCGGUGGCCACCGACGUCGGCCGCCGCCACCUCUGCGCCGACCGCCUCGACGACGCGCGGUCGUUCUUGCUCAAGGCUGACGCAUUAGCCACGACAACCGACGAGUACAUUGCUGUCUUCAACCAGCUCGCCGCCUACUACCGCCGCGUCCACAAGCUGCGCGUCGCCUACAGCUAUCUCGAGCGCGCGAUGGCACUCGAGGGGUCGUCGGUACCGAGUCGGCAGGCCGCCGAGACGCGCCUCAACGCGUGUGCGAUCUUGUCGCAGCUCGGCCGCCACGAGAAAGCGCUCCUCGCCGCGCAGCGUGCGCUCAUCCUGCUCCAAGAGGCGCAGGACUACGACGACAAGCACGGGCACUGGAGCGCGGUUGCGGUCGCCUACCACAACAUGGCAGUCGAGCAAGAAUUCCUCGCCAAGCCACACGUACAGGUGCUCCAGUCGUACAAGCGGGCCGUGCAGACGGCGCGCGAUCGGCUUGGGACCGACGACCCGCUCACGCGCGCGCUCGAGCAGGCGCAGCGCGCGGCCGAGUCGCUCGUCGCCCGCAAAACGACCCACGCCGUCUUCCGCGACGCCCGCGCCAAGGCGGCUACAACCCAGCACGCCGAGGCCAAGGGCCGCCCGCGCCGCACGGUGCCGCAACAAACGUCGGCGGCCUACGGCGUGCCACCACGAGACACGUCCAGCGUCCUGGCACCGAAAGGCUCGGGUGUCGAUUUGCGCUGUUUUGACGCCCGCGCGCUCGCUGACGAGUUUGUGCUGCCCGAGCCGGUGGCGCAGGCGCCGCUGCCACCGAGUGGCGACCUGACGCCACUGCUGACACCGCGACGCGAGGCCGCCACAUCGAGUCCGGACAUUGUCGAGAGGCCGAAAGACAUGCUGAACCAAGGACUUCAAGAUGAGCCAGGAAACGACGCCAAGGCGACCGACGAGUGCAUCGCAGCCACCAAGACCAUGGACGGCGAUGACGCGGCGGUCAGUGGUCUCCGAUGCCUCUCGCUCGAUGUGCCGCUGGACGAUAGUGAAGCGAAAGCGAGCGAUAUGACGUCGAGCACGGAAGAAAAGGUAUUGGAGGAGGAGGAGGAGACGACCGAGACGCGCCACGACGACGGGGCGGACGGUUAUGACAGUGACGCCGGUGGCCGAUGGUCAUGA